ACGCUGGUCAGACCUGACAGACCUGCUGAGCCGAACUCUAUGGCGGCGGCCGCGGAGCGGGAGCCGUCCCCAGGGAACCCCGCGGCCGCGCCGGCCUGCCGCUUCUUCCUGGAGGGCCGCUGCCGCUUCGGCGCGCGCUGCCGCCAGCCGCACCCAGGGGCACCGGCGCCGGCACCCGUGCGGCCCAGCGAUGCUGUCCCAGCCGAGGCCGGGACCAAGAAGCCACCGUUGCGUACGGCCGCCGCCGUCAUCCAGCGCAUCCGCUGGGACCCGCGCCUAGACCCGGCCGACUUCUCGGUGGGUUACGUCGACCGAUUCCUGGGCGUGCGCGAGGAGCCCUUCACGGCCUUCUGCUGGGACGCGCCGCUAGCGGCGCUCGGACCCGGCGUCCUGGCCAUACCGCAGCACCGCGUGCGUUACUUCCGCUUCCGCGGCCGGCUCAUCUGGGACCGCGACUCGCGCACCGACCACGUCUUUGGCUCCGGCCAGGCCGCGGGCCGCGGGCCGACCAUCCUGGAGGCGCUCAGUGGGGACCAGCCUGGCGGGGACGAGCUUGAUGGGGACGCGCUCAGCGGGCACGCCCUCGACGGGGACGAGCCCGGGGCCCUGGACGCUGAGACGCAGGAGGCGGAGCCCGGAGGGCGUGGAGAGCCGGCCUUGGCAGAGCUUGGGGCAGCGGGGGCCCAGGGUAUCGGAGGCCCAGAUGCCGGGAGCCUAGUGCUGGCAGAGUCGGGUCUGGAGGAGGCAUCUGCGACGACCCAAGAGCGAGGGAAGGCCAAAACAACGCUGGGCGGAGCCGACAGCCAGGACUCACUUUGGAGAGCGACUGAGGCCGACGACGAAGCCGCCCCAGAGUCAGGCUCUGGGAAAGACACCACAGGGCGCCUCGCUGUCAGAGCGAAGGAAAGGGAACCGACACUAACAGGAGCAGCCAGGACCAUGGCGCUGACGGACGGGGAAGCGCAGGCCUCGGCAGCCCCAGAGCUGUCUCUGGGAGCUGACGUCCUCCAUGUGAGGAAAGGGAAGCCCACUGGGGAGAGAGAGGUACAGUGGGGUCUUGGGGCCUGGCAUACGGAGGACGACAGGAGGGUCAUGACCAGGACUGUGGGCCCUCACCAACCCCGCCCCACCCAUUUCGUGGCCCUCAUGGUAACAGAACCCGGGCUGCUAGCAGAGGUGGCCCAGGCCCAGGCGCACCUGGCAGAAGUGGCUCCAUCCUGCGCUGCUUUCAUGGUGCCCUCACAGGCCCUGCACCUGACGUUGGCCCUGCUGCGCCUAGGAGGCCCCGGGGAGGAGGCAGCAGCCGCCCGAGCUCUGAGCGAGGCCCUCUCCCACCCAGGGCUCCAAGCACCCCCCGAGCUGAGGUUCAGGGACCUCGUGCUCCUUGGCCACCAUGUGCUUUGUGCCCCACCUUCCCCCUCAUUGGACAGUAUGGCCCAGGUGCUGAGCCAGAGGCUGGCGGCCCAGGGGCUGCGAGUGCUACAUCCCCCAGAGGGGCUGCACCCCCACCUCACACUGGCCAAGGUGCCCCAUGGCUCCACCGUCCACCUCCCAAAGCCAGGGUUCAGCCUUAGGCAGGAGCUAGGGAGCCAGCCAGUGGGGAGACUCUGGCUGUGCUGCAUGGGGAGGGCAGGGGAUACCUACCAGGCCCUGGCAGAGGUCCCCCUGAGGUGACAUUCCCAGACCCACUGC